UACACUGGUUGAGCUUGAGCACUGAGCAGCAGAAAACGGUGGCUGCUGCGUUAACCACUUCAGUCCAGUGAAAAUCAUUUCGAAAGAAGCCGCGAUGGCGGAGAAGAUGGAAGACGACGAGCUGGAGUUUCCGGGAUUUCCUUACCAGCCAUAUUCGAUUCAGAUUGAUUUCAUGAAGGCACUCUAUCGAUCUUUAGACCGCGGCGGCGUUUCCAUGCUUGAAAGCCCUACCGGGACUGGGAAGACUCUCAGCAUUAUAUGUUCUGCUGUCCAAUGGGUUUUGGAUCGAAGGCAAAAGGAGAAGCUGAAAAUAGAAUCUGAGCUUCCAAAUGGGAACAAUGAGGAUAAAGUUGGAUCAGAUGAUGAACCUGAAUGGAUGAGAAGCUUUGUCCCGAGUAAAGAUGCUGAUCUUGUUAAGAAGAAAGCUAGUAAGAAGAAGUCCGGAAUGGAGAAAUAUGAUAAGAAGAGGGCUUAUGGGAUUUCCAAGGGAGCGGUUCUGAGUAAUGUGGGGAAAGAAGAGAAUGAUGGGCUUGACUUGAACGAGAAUGAAUUUUUGUUGGAAGAGUAUGAAAGUGAAGGUGAAGAAGGAUCUGUUGGUGGGGGCGGGAAAUCGAAGAGGAAGGGUAGUAGAGGUGAUUGUUCAUCGAGUGACGAUGAAGAUAGAAACGAUGGAUCUGACGAGGAGGAGGUGGAAGAGAAAGAUUUUAAGAUUUUCUUUUGUAGCAGGACUCAUUCGCAGCUGUCACAGUUUAUAGAGGAGUUGAGGAAGACUGUUUUUCCUGGGGAAAUAAAUGUGGUUUGUUUGGGCUCUAGGAAGAAUCUCUGCAUUAAUGAAGAUGUGUUGAAACAUGGGAAUUCUGGGUGCAUCAAUGAGCGGUGUUUGGAACUUCAAAAGAAGAAGAACAAUAAGGUCUCUAAGGUCAAGGUCUUAGGAGUGGAAGGAAAAAUCCGUAGGAGCAAAGCUUCCUCCGGAUGCCCAAUGCUCAGAAAGCAGAGUCUUCAAAAGGAAUUUAGGGAAGAGGUUUCUCAACAAGGAGCAUUGGACAUUGAAGAUCUUGUUCAGCUUGGAAAAAGCUUGGGAACAUGUCCAUAUUAUGGAUCCAGGAGUAUGAUUCCAGCAGCUGAUCUUGUGGUUCUACCUUACCAGUCCUUGCUAUCAAAAUCAUCUCGAGAAUCACUAGGUCUAAAUUUGAAGAGGAAUAUUGUUAUUAUAGAUGAGGCUCAUAAUCUAGCAGAUUCCCUUAUCAAUAUGUAUGAUGCAAAAGUUACUUCUUUCCAGUUGGAGCUUCUGUAUUCUCAUAUUGAGAAGUACUUUACAAGAUUUCAGAAUCUCUUAGGACCUGGCAAUCGAAGAUAUAUCCAAACUCUGAUGGUUCUUUCAAGAGCAUUCUUGAGGUCUCUAUGUGGUGACCUGGGGUCGGCUGAUAUAAAUGGAUGCCAAGUGGAAAAGGAUGCUGUUGAUUCAGAUAACAUCUUUCAAACUUCUGUAGCGAUCAAUGAAUUUUUAUUUUCUCUGAACAUCGAUAACAUUAACUUGGUUAAGCUGCUACGGUAUGUAAAAGAGAGCAACCUGAUUCACAAGGUAAGCAGCUAUGGAGAGAAAAUCACCAGCCUCCAGAAAGUUUCGCUUCUUAGUGAAAAUGGAGAGUCUCUUGCUGAGGGAAGCAUUCUUUCUAGUUUCAGGGCACUGGUUGACAUAUUGGCAUCACUAACACAUAAAGAUGGUGAUGGCCGGAUAAUAAUCUCAAAAGCAAGAUCAGCAUGCCACAAACCACAAGGAGGUACCUUAAAAUAUGUUAUGCUCACUGGGGAAAAGAUUUUCUCAGAGAUUGUUGAUCAAGCUCAUGCUGUUCUACUGGCUGGAGGAACCCUGCAACCUAUUGAAGAGACAAGGGAGAGACUCUUCCCGUGGCUACCACCCAAUCAGCUGCAUUUCUUUUCAUGUGGUCAUAUUGUCCCUCCUCAAAGUAUUUUGCCGAUUUCAGUUUCUCAUGGCCCUUCUGGACAGCCUUUCGAUUUUAGCUACAGCACAAGAAGCUCAUCAACCACGAUAAAUGAGCUGGGCUUGUUGCUAUGCAAUUUGGUCACAGUUGUUCCUGAAGGCAUAGUUGUAUUCUUCUCAUCCUUCGAUUAUGAAGAACAAGUGCAUGAUGCAUGGAAGGCAUCGGGCAUCCUUGAAAGGCUGAUGAAGAAAAAAUGCGUCUUCCGAGAACCAAGAAAGAAUUGCGACGUGGAACUUGUCCUGAAAGAGUACAAGGAGACCAUUUUCAGGGGAGUAAAACAAGAUGUAGUAGUACCUUACAAUGGGGCAAUCCUUCUGGCCGUAGUUGGUGGUAAAGUAUCUGAAGGCAUUAACUUUAGUGAUGGGAUGGGCAGAUGCAUAGUCAUGGUCGGAUUACCUUAUCCAAGUCCUUCCGACAUAGAGCUGAUGGAGAGAGUGAAGUAUAUUGAAAGCUUGGGAGAUAAAAAUUACACCAAGACUUCCAACUGGGAUGAUGAACAUUAUACUACUCGGAACGUGCAGGCCUCAUUUAGCAUAUUGAGAAGCUGCAAGCGCAGAGGGAAAGACUAUUAUGAAAACCUCUGCAUGAAAGCUGUGAACCAAUCAAUCGGUAGAGCGAUACGGCAUGUGAAUGACUAUGCAGCGAUUCUGUUGGUUGAUAGGCGUUAUGGAUCAUCAGAUGUCUCGAGAAUAAGCGCUUCUCAUCCAACUAACAAGCUUCCAACUUGGAUAAAAGACAGUCUUGUUUCUACAACGAGUAACUAUGGAGAAGUACACAGGCUGCUUCAUCAGUUCUUCAAAUUCAACAAGAAAAGAGGGCCGCAGUGAACUACUCGCGUCCAAAUGUCAAAUCACUACUCUUCAACGAUCUGAUCAAUGCUGGUGUCCUGAUGAAGUCGGAAUCCAGCCUGGGGAGCUGGAAAUGAGCCGUACUUCAUCCUUGGCCAGGUUAGCUAGACAUUACUUUUACCAAGUUACCCACUUAAUUCUUAUGUUCCUUCUGGAUAGUUUAUAGUGAUUCUUAUGCUCCUUCUGGACUACACCGAUGUGUAAAUCGUUGAAGUAUAGAGGCAAAGUAAUGAAAUCAGUUUGUGUUUUCUUGUGGGGUCUGUCCAAGAAUAAGAUAGCUUAUGAUUAGAGGUGGAAGUUCAGAAUGUUGGGGUCAGUUUAUUUACCAGAGGGAGCUGUUUGCAGGGCAAAAUUAAAUGCUGAGCUUGUGACAGAGUCCUAACUUGGCAACUGGCAGAAAGUGACUUUACUCUAUGCUCUUCCAGCAAUCUAAAUGCGCCUUUAUCUCCUUCCGUAUCUCUCUCUCUCUCUCUUAACAUAUGAAUAAAUGCUGUGGAGAGUCUUCACCUACGAUUCCUGUGGGCAUGGAGGGUUCUGAAAUAAAGGGUAGUUGCCUUCCUUUCCUUCCUCGCCUGCUCUCUUCUAACACAAAAUCAUUCUGCUGUUGUUUGGCAGAGUAAGUGGCUAGCCACAGUUGUGCUUUGCUUGUGCAUGGGUGUGAGGUUGCCCCUUGCACACGAUAUUGUACAGUUUGAUUUGUCCUCGAAAGAGGGCCCUAUAUUAUAAAAAAAAAAAAACAUUAGCAGAUGUGGCAUGCAAUUAGGACAGCUCUAGAGCUGGACUGCAAAUCUGUAACUUCACAACAUGCCCAUUGGGAAGCUUGCUUUUUUUUUUCUUGCUUGAAAUGAGUGAUUUUAGUUCAGAAUGUCAUACAUAAUCGAGUCCAGUAUGUUAUGGUUUUAUGGAUGUUGUGGAAUGAUCGUGCAAGAAAUAUGACCCUAUGAGUAUGAUAAACCUGUCAGUGACCAAAUUAUUAUUCGUAUUGGUACGAGAAAUGGGUGUAUCAAUCGUAUUAGAUCAUGUGUAUUGAUUGUAUUAGAUCAUAUAUAUUCAUAAUAAUAAAAUUGUGUUAAAUUAUUAAUCAUGUGAAUGUUCGUUUAGACCCAGAAUUGUAUGCCAUUUCUAACAAUAAUUUACAAUUAUAUAUGCAAAUCAUCAUCUUUUGGAGGUUUUGUUUUCCAUAAUGUCGUACAUAAUCCAAUGUACUAUAAAGGUUUUUGUUGUUCGAAGGAAGGGGGAAAAAACAUAUGUAUAACAUAAUUCCAUGGUUUGUUAAAUCUUAUCGUAAUGAGUCGAUUGGAAAAAUGUCUUUCAAAAUCCAAGUUGAUAUUGAAUUUUACCAAUAUGAAAUGGUUGGAUCAUAAUUUUAGUACAAAAAUAUCCAACUACUAACUUAUUCGAUACAACCUCCGAUGCAAUUUAUCGAUCCAGGCAUAACUCUAUCUAAUAAAAAGCUGCCUUAAACCAUCAAUCACGAAACUACCAUCUUUGCAAGCAUGACGAAUGCGAAACGCACUCGAAUUUUGAAAACACCAUUAAAUGGGUAACAUAACGAAGACAGCACAAGGUGUUUUGUUGAUUAUGUACCAAAUUAAUCGUUCCUUUUGCGACAUCCGAUAAAAUUGUGUAACGUAU